GUAAUUUCCGUUCGAUGCGUUUGUUGUGAGAGAUUAAAUGUUUCAUAUUUCACAAAUAAUUACGUCCAAAUUGUGUGUAAACUAACUAUAAUAUCUUGGCAACGUAGAAGGAAAUCUACCUAUCGCAAAAAAUGGCUCAAUCGUUACCAAAUCCAAACACGCUGUUGCCGCUAGAAUUAGUGGACAAGUGCAUAGGUUCCCGAAUUCACAUUAUAAUGAAAAACGACAAAGAAAUGGUGGGAACUCUACAAGGAUUCGACGAUUUUGUGAACAUGUUACUUGAUGAUGUGACGGAAUACGAAUCAACGCCAGAAGGCAGAAAAAUAACCAAACUGGACCAAAUUCUACUAAAUGGAAAUAACAUUGCAAUGUUGGUGCCGGGUGGUGAAAUGCCAGGAGAAAAUUACGAAGCCCAGUGAUAUUUGUAGCAUAAAUAAGUUAAUAAAAUAAGUUUUCUAACCUAA